AUGACUAGACCAAAGAUCCUCAUCGUAGGCUGCGGCGCCGUCGGACUGUCACAAAGAUACUACCUUUCCGCAAGUGCCGAAAUAACCUACCUCGUCCGCCCAGGUCGUUCGGAAGCUUUCGUAGCACCUAAACGCCUUUACGAUUACAAGAGCGACAAAUUACAUGUUCUUGAGGAUUACCGUGUUAUCGAAACUACUUCGGAAGUCGCAGGAGAGGAAUUCUACUGCGUGUUUGACACGCUAGACGGCCACACUGCGCAGUCUGAAGGCGGAACUGCAACGAUAAAGAGCGUAGGCGAUCUGACUCGCGAUAACCCGAGAACCUUCGUGUUUUACGAUGCCGCUGGCGUCGACAUCGAGCAGCACUACGCCAGCACCAUGAGCAUAUCGAGAUCGCGACUCAUCUAUAGUAUGGAGCUUGUUGUACAAGCGAACGUGCUAUAUUCCGCCUAUCAUCCAAAUAUACGACUAGUAAUUAUCAACACGAAGGUUCAAAUCACCGAGCUGUUGGAGGCGGUAUACCAUCAGAACGGCAGGGUGAAGAUCCAAAGGUUGCCUGGUAUUUUAAGCGAGCUUCCCAGUCUCAUCUUGGUGCAAUUCAUGGUGUGGAAUACCGAGGACUGGGUCCUGUAUCCACGCUCUCGGGAGGCUCACGAAUCAUGGGCGCUCAUAAUUCGGGCGCAGCAAGAGGUCCUGUCGUUGCCGCGGUGGGGAUGGAUUGGCUGGGGCGGAACACCCCUACCUUACCAUGAAUUCAAUGCCUUUCAUCACGGGAGCAAAGUGGUCGAGCAGGAUAUUGAACUUUUAGAGGGGCUUGUUGCGGAAGGAGAGAGGGCGAAAAUGAAGAUGCCUGCGUUGAACGAGAUUUGUCGGCGGGCACGGAAGAAGCUGGAAAGUUAA